AUGACCAUUAUACAUAUUGUCCUGUUCAAAUUCCGCAGCGGAGUAACCCAACAACACAAAGACCUCUUCGUCAAGAGCCUAAAAGCCCUCAAAACACUUCCUUGCGUGAAAGAUCACCGUCUCAUCGUCGGCGGACCAUCAAUCACAGACCCGACCGAGCGCAGCAAAGGAUUUCACUAUGCACUGCUCAGCUGUCAUCAGGACCGAGCAGCUCUGGAAGCGUAUCAAGCGUCUAAGGAGCAUCACGAGUGA